AUGGCAACCGCUAUGAAUGACUUAGUCUUGAGCAUAAUUACUACUCUCGACGUUGCAAUAGACCACUACAAGGUUCCUGAAGACGACAAGGGUCUCCGAGAAGCUUUCCAUGAAUCCGGUCGAGGGCUCCCUCUCAUCAGAACGGCCCUUCAUCAUGUGCAAAGUCAACUAGGACGCCGCCAACUGACUGGAAACCCCGAACGCGCCCUGGCCUCACUGCGAGAGUGUAUCCCCAAAGGAGAGACAUCUGAAAGAAUAUUCAACGCUGUCGCCCAAGCACCAGAGACAUCGAGGUUUGAGGCAUACAAAGCGGCUGUGAGGCAAGAGGGCAAGGGGAGGCUGAUAGAGGAGCUACUGGUAGGAAUGAUGACUGGCGUAUGUGACGUGGCCGAGGAUCUUGCGAUCGAUGAUCAAGUCAAGGCUUUGCGUGAGGCGAUCGAGAGGCUGUCCCAAAUGGAGCCGUCUGUUCCAAGAGAGGAGUCGGGGGCCAUUUUUAACAACUAUGGAUCAGGCGAAAUGCUCAACGCUCCUUACGGUACUAUAAACAUGAGCUCAGGGACUGGUCCUCAAUUUCCUGGUGCUACUUUCUCCGGCUCUGUGUCAUUUGGCAACACGACUUGA